UAAUAUCAAAUUUAAAAGUCAAGUCAUUUAAAAAAAGAAAUAAAAGAUUUUAACAACAACUUAUAAACUGGAAAUAAUUUUUGUUUAUUGACUUCUAAACAACAGUUGAUGCCAUGAUGUGUUACAGUAUAGUAAUCAUUUCACUGGUUGUGCACUUACAGGUCAUCGAAGGCAAAUACGACCCAUUACGAAACACAGAUCAAGACUGCUUGACCAACAUAACUCUAACAGAAGUUGCCGAUCUGGACAAACCCCCGACAGACGAUGAUGGAAAGUUAAUCAACGUCUUUGAGACGAGUGGUUUCUCUGAUGGAGACAAUUACAUGAACGGAAAACGCUGCGGAUGGCUACUCACGUCAGUCAAUGGCACCGGACAAGUCCGAAUAAACAUAGAAUACAUGGAUUUAGAGGAUAGUAAAGUAUGCACGCAGUAUGAUUACGUCAAAGUUUACCGGCAGGGAAAGGGACAAGAGUAUUGGGAAGACAUAACAACAAAAGAAUUUGGUUAUUGUGGCCAACCUGGACCGAUCAACAUAGUAGCGUUUGCGACGAACGUCUUCAUUGAGUUUGUCAGCGAUGUGUCGAGAAAUGGAAGAGGGUUUAAUGUCUCUUAUUCGCUUCAAUUUCCAAUCGGUCCACCAAGAAUAACAUGCUUAGGGAAAUACGGAGACGAUACCUGCCAACGUGAAAUUUACGCAGAUGAAAGAGGCGGUGUGGCUUUAGAGUGCCAAACAGAAGCCUCUCCGAAAGCCGGUGUCCAAUGGACUGUGGAGAGAAAAUCAGAUGGCGUUCUUGUUUCGUUACGCAGAGACAUGAUCAAGAAUAUGACCGACGAUGGAUUUAUACUGCUCAAAAACUUGCAAUUAUCAGACGAAGGGAUGUAUGUUUGUUUAGCGAAAAACAAGAACGGAUUUGAAAAAGAAACGGUGGAGCUAAAGAUCAUAGAGCAAUGCAAGUGUCCAAAGAAAAUAAAAUUAGUUUGGUACAACUAUCCACCAUACACGCAAUUUGUGUACGGCUUUGACAAGUAUUCGAAACCCAUCUUUAAAGGAGUCUUCUACACAGUGCUGGAGAAAAUGCUUAAGGAGGUGUGUGGCAAGUGCUUAAGAGGUCAUGGAGAAAGUGAAAUCGUAUGGGGCAGUGUUGACAAUCGACGAAAAAAUUUGUUCGAUGUGAAAAAUCAAAUUGAUAAAGGCGACUUUGAUAUUGUGCUACCUAUUUUUAGUUUGAAAUCCACCUCGGCAUACAGGGGAAACUUUUACUUUCCACUCGUCAAGGCUCCUGGGGUGGUAUAUCUUGUUGGGAAAGGCGAAGAAGGUGGCAUAGCCAUAUUUGGCGCUAUAGGAAGCGUGCUGCCUGUUCUUGGUAUAACAGUGCUUUUGUUAACCCUGGCAGGAGUCAUCAUGUGGAUUCUGGACACCUAUUGGAACGAGGAAGAGUUUCCAAGAACAUUUCUACAGGGAAUAGCACAAGGGGCGUGGUGGGCAUAUAUCACCAUGACAACUGUUGGGUAUGGUGAUAUAGCACCACGAGGAAUUCCAGGGCGUAUCUUUGCUGUAAUUUGGAUUAUGGGCGGACUUGUCAUCAUUUCCAUCAUAACAGGCGCUAUUUCCACCGCCCUCACUAUUGCAUCGCUAACGAAUAUUGAAAAUUUAUACGGAGCAAAACUGGGUGCAAUCAACCACACGGAGGAGUUUAAAUACGGUGUUAGCAAAGCAGCAGACAUGAUAGCCUAUAACACAUUUGGCGAAAUGUUAUCAGCCGUCGAGAAGGGAGACAUUGAAGGGUGUUUAGUUGACCAGUAUGUGGUAGGAUAUCGUACAGAGCUGCAAGUCUUGCAGAAGAACAGCAUAUUGGAGCAAGAGGAUUACUACUACGGUAUGGUACUUGGAGAACGAUUAUCUGAUCCCUUUGUGCGCAGUGAAUUUAAAAGAUGGAUAGAAGAGAAUGAAUUUACAGUCGAAUUAGCCGUGGCCGAUAUCAAAGGUGAAGUUCCGGAACCUCCAAUCUUCAAUUUAAUGGAUCCAAAGAGUGCUAUGUAUCUCUCAGCUGUUCUUUCAUUGUUGGGAAUGUUACUCGUCUUCUCGAUUGCAGGUUUAGCGUUCGAGCACGUCUACUUACUGCCAAAGAACAAAAGAAUUCUGGAGGCUAAAAAUUUGGAAAUGUUGGAGUCAAAAGAGGUGAAAGACUUGAGCCACACUUCUCAACUUAUGCAAGACGAACUCACAAGAGAGAUUAGAAGUUUCUUCAGCUGUUUCAAUGAAAGAGUGGAAAAUUUAGUGGAGAAACACAACUUCGAACGAGAAGCUUUUGAAGACGAUGAAAACUACCAAAACAAAAGCGACAUCGAGUUGCAAAAAACAUCGCACCUCCGACCUGCAUUUGAGAAACCGCAACAAAGUUCAGACAGUUCCUCGUCCUUAACAAAGGCUCCUUUAUCACCUGACAUCACAGCGAGUAGUCCAACGCCAUUGACCGAGGUUGAGAGCACAGCAUAAAGCACUCCUUCGCAGAGGAAAUAGUACACACAGUGGGACAUAAUACAUUCGAAAGUGACAAUUGUUUUGAACAUUAACCAACAACAUGCUUAAAAUAUAAACAACAAGUUUUCCUUAUAUGCUAGGAUGACAUCAAAAGUAAAAUUACUGUAAAUAGAUUUUAUAUAUUUAUUUCUGCACAUGAUAGCAAUUAUUAUUACUCUACAACCUAUUCUUAAUGUUGACUGAGAUAGGCUUCAAACAGAACACAAAUUCAACACACUACAGAAAGGUGUAGCACAAAUACAACAAUGAAUCAAUGAGACGGGUAUCACUAUUAAUAUCUCUACUCAAAUAACUACGUCUCUUUGAUAACUGCUCAUGUUAACAGUAAAGAUUUCAAUACGCCUCUGAGACGUCUUAUCCAAGAAUUUUAGAGUUUUUUGUUAGUUAUUGUAUUAUGUAAGGUAUAUUAAUAUUAAUUGGAACACAAUUAUGCACAAAUAUAUGUAACAUAUUGGAACACUGUUUUCAACAUUGCACACACAUAUACAAGCUUUUCUAGAACAGUCCACCAAAACCAGGUCAUACUGAACUGACACUAAAUCUUGAAAUUACAAACAACAAAUUUAUUAAAUUUGCUGUAAUGGGUGAAUUCCUGUGGGAUUUCCACUGGCUAUUGACUCGUCUCUUAUACUAAUAAACUGUAUUUUGUCUGCAAUGUAGGCUGUCCUCGUGUUAAAAAUGCACAAAAUAUUUUGGGCUCAUGUAGCAACUACAAUUUAUUAUUUAUUGAUUAGAUUUUCCACACUCAA